AUGAAGCUCACGUCUCUAGGAGUCUAUGACCACUUGAUGCCCUUUGUGCAUCGACACAUCCGCGAUGGAAUUCUGAAUGGUGAGCGGCUGAAUGAUGGGACCCUGUCUUCUGGGGAACAACAGCUCACAGUGCUGGUGGAUGUCCAAGUAGGGGACAUCUUGGCCUUCUCACUUCUGGAGGGCUCUGAGUCGAGCCCCGCGAAUGUAGCUUGGGAGCUUUCCGAGCCGGACGGUGUUGUCAUCUACUCCGCGGAGUACGCCUCGAUCGCUGGCGUGAAGUUUCCUUUGCUGGAGAACUUUGUGGUUGCAGGCCCGGCAGCUUGCAUUCAAAACCAGGCUUCCGAUCUUGAACUCUAUUCCUCGGACAUCGACUUCUCGAGCCUCUACCCUAAGCAUCUCGGCAUUUUACUUCGGUCAGGAAAUCUUCGGUACCAGGAGCCACAAAAAAAUGGCAUAAGGAUUGGCAGCGAUUAG